CUUAUUACAGCAAUGGCUACAGAAAGCACUAAACUGAACUCAGAAUACCUGUUUUAUCGUGAUGACUUCCAAGUCACACAUAAGAUGAAACAAAACUUUGACAAAUAUGGUUACAUAUUAGUAAGGAGACUACUUGAUAACGAAGAGGUUGAAAAAGUAAAGAAAGUAUUCGAGAAUGCAACAUCAGAACAGAUUCUUGAAGACAAUCAAAUGAGGGUUUCUGAUGGUCAAGGACAAGAGGCCAAGUUAAUUGUAUGGUCACAUCCCGGUAAUGAUGUCAGUGGAAUGGUUAGUAGGUCACUAAAAGUAGCAGGAACAUGCGAAAAGCUCAUGGGAGAAGAGGUAUACCAUUAUCAUGGAAAAUUAGUCAGUAAAGAGGCUUUCACUGGUGGCUCUCAUUUAUGGCAUCAGGAUUACGGAUAUUGGUAUAAGAAUGGCUGCCUGCUACCUAACAUGAUGACAGUUUUUAUUGCCCUUGAUAAAUGCACAAAAGAAAAUGGCUGUUUGCAGAUAUUGGAAUGUUCGCACACAUGUGGCAGACUCGAUCAUGAAUUGAUGCAUGGACAACAAGCCAUACCAGACACUGGAAGAGUUGAUCAGAUUAAAGAACGUUGUCCAUUGAUAUGGUGUGAAAUGAAUCCAGGUGAUGCUUUAUUUUUUCACUCCAACAUGAUGCAUACAAGUAGUCAAAACAGAAGUCCAAACAGAAGAUGGGCUCUCCUGACUGCUUUCAAUACGAAGUCAAACAAUCCAACCAAAGAGCAUCAUCAUCCAUGCUAUACACCACUAACCAAGGUUCCAGAUGCUGCUAUCAAAGAAUGUGAGAAUUACACUCUUGAUCUUUCCCAGAUGGGUUUUGUACAUCCUAGUAAAUCACAAACAAGUCGUCCGAAUCUAUCCAAAGAGCAACAAGAAGCAGCCGCCAGAAGUUAACGUUGUCACAUUUAACUUGUAUUUCAAAUUGCGUUAUAUAAUGAGAUUAUGAUAACUUGAAUUGUAAAAAUGGUAAAUUCCUUUUUAAACAAUAUGUAUUGAAAUAUUGAAAAUUGAUUAUUUCAAAUAUAUAUAAGCACCUUA